AUGGACCACUCGGUGGCCGCCGUCCCCCAGGAGCUGGCGCUCUUCUCCCGCUCACUCCAUGCCAACAUCGCCUACGGGCCGGAGAGCUGGAGCCGGGUGCAGGUGACAGUGGCAGCCACCCCUGACUUCAGCGUGGUGGGACCAGACCACCCUCUCCAGGUCACCGUGGUGCAGGACAUCGUGCUGCCAUGUCACUUGUCCCCCAGCAUGGAGGCUCGAAGCUUGGACAUCAGGUGGAUCCGGCACCAGGCCUCUGAAACGGUGCACCACUACCGAAACGGAGAAGACCUGUACAGUGAACAGCUGAGGGAAUAUGUUGGGAGGACAGAGUUGGUCAGAGACGGUCUCUCCAGUGGACGCCUGGACUUGCGAAUCUCUGGGUUGAGACCCUGUGACGAUGGUCAGUACAUCUGCACUGUGACAGAUGGUGCCUCUUAUGGAGAAGCUACGGUGGAUGUGGAGGUGGCAGCUGACUUCAGCGUGGUGGGACCAGACCAUUCUCUCCAGGUCACCGUGGGGCAGGACAUCGUGCUGCCAUGUCACUUGUCCCCCAGCAUGGACACUCAGAGCUUGGACAUCAGAUGGAUCCGCCACCAGGCCUCUGAAACGGUGCACCACUACCGAAACAGAGAGGAUCUCUACAGUGAACAGCUGAGGGAAUAUGUUGGGAGGACAGAGUUGGUCAGGGAUGGUCUCUCCAGUGGACGCCUGGACUUGCGAAUCUCUGGGUUGAGACCCUGUGACGAUGGUCAGUACGUCUGCACGGUGACAGAUGGUGCCUCUUAUGGAGAAGCUACGGUGGAUGUGGAGGUGGCAGCUGACUUCAGCGUGGUGGGACCAGACCAUUCUCUCCAGGUCACCGUGGUGCAGGACAUCGUGCUGCCAUGUCACUUGUCCCCCAGCAUGGACACUCAGAGCUUGGACAUCAGAUGGAUCCGCCACCAGGCCUCUGAAACGGUGCACCACUACCGAAACAGAGAGGAUCUCUACAGUGAACAGCUGAGGGAAUAUGUUGGGAGGACAGAGUUGGUCAGGGAUGGUCUCUCCAGUGGACGCCUGGACUUGCGAAUCUCUGGGUUGAGACCCUGUGACGAUGGUCAGUACGUCUGCACGGUGACAGAUGGUGCCUCUUAUGGAGAAGCUACGGUGGAUGUGGAGGUGGCAGGAGACCUGGCCCGUUGUCUGGAAGCGUUGGGGCUUCUUGAACAAAGACGGGUCAGUGGGGGGGAGUAG